AUGGUUUCCCCAAUGAUGGUGCCCAGCUUCUCAGGGAUGCUCUUGGCUUGCCUGCUGCUCAUAGGCCUGGCACACGGUGAGGCUGCCCCUGCUGCUGCUGAUGCUGCUCCCUCUUUUCAUUGGUCCUGUCCUGAAAGGUCCAAAAUAUUUGGCUCCUAUUGCUAUGGCUUGUUCAGGAUGGCACAGACCUGGGAAGCUGCAGAGGUGGACUGCCAGAGCCAGACCUCAGGCCAUCAGGUCUCUCUGAUGAAUGAAACUGAAGCUUCCUUUGUGGCCUCCCUGGUGGCUGAGAGUGGGGGCAGCAGGACCCCCAUCUGGAUUGGCCUCUAUGACCCAAACAAGAACCGACAUUGGAAAUGGACCAGCAAUGUCCUGUUCACCUACCAAGCCUGGGCUACUAGUGCCCCAAGCAAUAGCAAUCCUGGAUACUGUGUGACCUUGACACCAGAAACAGGAUUCAAAAGCUGGAAAGAUCUACUGUGUACAAACAAAAACUUCUACAUCUGCAAGUUCAAACUCUAG